CAAGUGCCUUCCCCCUGGUUUGGCGUCCUGCUUCAGGAGUGAUCCACGCCACUGUCGGCAUGCCCACCCAGCUGGAGAUGGCUAUGGACACCAUGAUUCGCAUCUUCCACCGGUACUCCUGCAAGGAAGGGGACAGGUUCAAGCUCAACAAGGGGGAGCUGAAGAUGCUGUUACAGCGAGAGCUCACAGAGUUCCUCACAUGCCAAAAGGAUCCCCAGUUGGUGGAUAAGAUAAUGCAGGACCUGGACGCCAAUAAGGACAACGAAGUGGAUUUUAAUGAGUUUGUGGUCAUGGUGGCAGCUCUGACGGUUGCGUGUAAUGAUUACUUUGUAGAGCAACUGAAGAAGAAAGGCAAAUAAAGAUGGCUAGUACACUAGCAGAUGGCAGAAACA